AUGAAAGACCCUAUAGCUAUCGUCGGGUUCUCCGCCAAGCUGCCGCAGGAUGCGACUUCAGCCGAAGCGUUCUGGCAGCUGCUGAGCGAAGGCAGAUCCGCGCGCACAGAAAUCCCGAAGGACAGAUUUAAUAUCGACUCCUUGUAUCAUCCGGACCUCGAAAGGCUUGAUACCAUACCCGUGCGCCACGGCCAUUUCCUAUCCGGAGACCUCGCGGCCUUUGACGCCCCCUUCUUCUCGAUCCAGCCGACCGAGGCCUUGUCUAUGGAUCCGCAGCAACGUCUUCUCCUCGAAACGAGCUACCGAGCCCUGGAAAAUGCCGGAAUCCCGAUGAGCUCGAUUGCCGGCUCGAAGACGGGCGUCUUCGUAGGGCAGUCUAGUCGCGAUUACGAGACCUUGUUACUGCGUGAUCCGGACCAGGCCGCGAAGUACGUAGGAACCGGCAUCGGCACCUCCAUGAUGGCGAAUCGCAUCAGCUGGUUUUUCGACCUACGGGGGCCUAGCGUUGCUCUUGACACGGCUUGCUCUAGCAGCCUGGUGGCCUUCCACAUGGCUUGUCAGAGUCUGACGAGCGGAGAAACCGACGUGGGGCUGGUCGGCGGCACCAACGUGAUCUUUGCGCCGGAUCUGUUAGUUCAUCUAUCCACCAUGGGGUUCCUUAAUCCUGAUGGCAUAUGCUACACCUUCGACGCGCGCGGAAAUGGCUACGGCAAGGGUGAGGGUGUAUGUAUAAUGAUUAUUAAGCGUCUCAGCGACGCGUUGAGAGACGGAGAUUGUAUACGAGCCGUAGUUCGUGCGACUGCGACAAAUCAAGAUGGGAGAACGCCCGGUCUCACAGUCCCAUCCCAGCGAGCUCAAGCCGAGAAUAUCAUGAAUACGUACAAGUCUGCCGGGCUGGACAUGGAUGUCACCGCGCUCUUCGAAUCUCACGGGACCGGAACUCAAGUCGGCGACGUCCUAGAGACGGGCGCUAUUAACGAUGCAUUUGGACGUGGCGGGAAAAGUCCGCUAUACGUGGGUGCUUUAAAACCGAAUAUAGGCCACCUGGAGUCCGCGAGUGGACUUGCCGCCAUCAUAAAGGCGGUUCUCACGCUGGAGCAUGGCAUGAUACCUCCAAAUAUUUGGUUUGAGAAGUUGAACCCGUCAAUCUUAGCCGAUAAGUGGAACUUGAGAUUUCCUCUGGAGCUGACUCCGUGGCCUAAGGCUGGAGUACGUAGAAUCAGCUUGAACAGCUUUGGUUACGGAGGAGCCAAUGCUCAUGUCGUGAUGGACGACGCCUUUCAUUAUUUGACCGAAAGGGGCAUCCAAGGUUACCACCACACGAACCCCGUCCCAGAUGCUCAUAUAUAUAAAGGAUCUUGCAGGACUAUGUCUGAAGUGAAUGGUGGUGACUCGAUGGAAGAACGUGAGCCGAAAGUACUCGUCUGGUCGGCUUUCGAUGAGUCUGGUAUUGCACGACUCAAAAGCGACUUUCAAACUUACCUGGAUAAGAAUGAAACCAUUCGUUCAAGUCUUCGACGCAAUCUCGGCUCAGAGAUGUCGAAAGCCGUACGAGCCUCAACCAAGCCGACAUUGCUCUUCGUAUUCACCGGCCAAGGGGCGGUCUGGUAUGCUAUGGGUCGGGAGCUCAACUGUUAUCCCGUCUUUCAUUCAAGCCUUAGGAGGUCCGAGGCAGCUCUUCAAGAUCUCGGGUGCAAAUGGUCUUUGAUAGCCGAGCUGCAUAGAAGCAAGGAGACCUCGUCUGCUAAUACUCCUGCGCUUUCUCAGCCGCUAUGUACGGCCAUCCAAUUAGCACUCGUCGACCUGUUGGCUUCUUGGGGUGUUCGCCCUUCUGGUGUGGUGGGCCAUUCUUCCGGCGAAAUUGCUGCGGCAUAUUGUGCAGGUGCGCUUUCACUAGAAUCAUCCAUGAAGGCGGCUUACGCUCGUGGAAUUCUGGCAUCAAUUCUGGCAAACGAUAAGACUUUCAAUGGCGCAAUGAGCUCUGUUGCACUCCCUGAAGAAGCGAUCGGUCCUUAUAUGGAUCAAGUAAUGAAAGGGGGAAAGAAUGGGAGGAUCUCGGUCGGGUGCGUUAACAGCCCGAAGAACGUUACGAUCACCGGAGACAGCUGGUGUAUCGAUGCAUUGAAUUCAAUUAUGAGCGCCGAAGGAGUUUUUGCGCGUAAGCUUGCUGUGGAUGUCGCCUACCACUCACAUCACAUGGAGAGCGUUGCGGAAGAAUAUCUAGAGAAACUUGGAGACCUCGAGGGACGAAGAGAAUCUGCUCAGCCGAGCAUUUUGAUGUUUUCUUCUGUCACGGGCAAAGAUAUCGACUUUGAACAACUCCGUCAGGGGAAAUACUGGGUCGAUAAUCUAGUUUCAAAGGUCAGAUUCUCUGAAGCACUUACAAAUGCUCUUCUCCAUACUUCUUCAUCAAGUCUGCCAGGAAGCGCGACCGUCAUCCUCGAACUGGGUCCGCAUAGUGCAUUACAAAGGCCGGUCAAGGACACCGCACAAUCUGUAACUGAAAAAGAGCCCAUCUUUUACGAUUGCAUAUUAUCAAGGGAUACUUCGGCGAUGAAGACUUGCCUUGGCUCCAUCGGCCGACUAUUCUGCCGAGGGUAUCCUGUCAAUAUCGAUCAAGUCAAUAUGCCAACGUCCCAGCCGUGUUCUCCGUUGGUGGACCUCCCGGAGUACCCUUUCAACCACACCCAGACAUAUUGGCAGGAGAGUCGGAUCAGUCGAAACCAUCGUUUUCGCGAACACCCUCGACAUGAGUUGCUAGGCACCCGGUCGAUGGACUGGAACCAAGCUGAACCAAAGUGGAGGAACGCCCUCCGAGUGAAAGAACUGACCUGGAUCCAGGACCACAAGAUGGAUAAUACGAUUCUUUUCCCCGCGGGUGGAGUGAUUAUCUUAGCUAUAGAGGGUCUUCGUCAGCUGAUUGGCUCUUCACUACGCGUACGAGGCUGGGUGUUGAAGAACGUGAGGUUCCUAAAAGCACUGCUCAUAUCGACCGAGACGGCCGGGACCGAGACGCAAUUUCAUCUGUUUCCAAAACGUCAUAUUGGUUCCGUACCAGUCGAAUGCGAAUUUGUCCUAUACAGUUGGUCUGAAAGCGACUGGUCGCGGGUGUGUGAUGGAACAAUUGCAGUCGACGGCGGCGACCCACAGUUUGACGACCAGGCUGAGGUUUCAGAGACAUUCAAAACCGGAGUCCAUCAAUGUUGCGAUGCUAUCGAACCGAAGCAGUUCUAUCACAACAUUGCCGAUUACGGGUAUCACUUUGGUCCCCGACUGCAGAAAAUUCGGUCUUUGAAGUAUAGCGACGACUGCAUGGCGACAGCAAAAAUCAAACUGGAGAAAGACCCUAAUCAAGGCGUGGCUCUCCAGCAAUCUUUCGUACUUCAUCCAACAGACCUCGAAGGAGUUCUUCAGCUCGGAAUAGCUUCUGUGAGCGGAGGAAGUUGGGCGAACAUUCCACUUUUUGUUCCGACUAAGCUUCAACGCUUAUGGAUCGCAAACGAAAUCUCCGAAAGCUCUGACGCCGCAUUAUUUGACGCUCUUAGUCGAUUGACCUUCAAGGGUUAUCGCGAUGCCGACUUCUCGUUCAUCGCCGUGGACAACAGUCAGACGCCGAUUAUCACCGCGGACGGAUAUAGAUUAACGGCCACCGGGGAGGCAAGCGCUUCUGCCCGCGCAUCGAAUAUCAAGAAAAUGUGCUAUCGCCUAGAAUGGAAGCCCGACAUCCAAUUCCUGUCCGAGGCUGAAAUUGAACGGUUGAUGGUUGAGAAAGCCACGGCAAUCAGGGCAAAUUUGGCCGAGGACGAAACCCUCGUUGGUUCUAGCAUGGUCGCCGCCUAUCUUGAUGUGAUCGCUCACAAGUUCCCUGGACUUGAGAUGCUGGAACUAAAAGCUGGUACGGGCGCCAGCACUAAAAAUAUUGUGACAGUACUCACGUCUUCCGAUGGUAUCAAUGGCACGGCACGAUUCGGGCAGUAUACCUGUACGGAAAUGCCUUCGAUAUUUACGGAAGCCCUGUCGAAACGCUUUUCGGAAAAUCCGGUUUCCUUAGAGUCUAAGAGCUUGGAUAUUGAGAAGGACAUCGAAACGCAAGGUUUCGUAGCACAACAGUACGAUGUCGUUGUCUGCUGUUCAACAAUCCAACCCGGGACUAAUCUUGCAGAGACCCUGCGGCACACUCGAAAACUUCUCAAAACUGGAGGGACACUAAUUCUUUUUGAACCCAUCAGUCCGGAAGAUAGUAAUGCAAUGUUGAACCACGAAGUAUCAUGUCACAACAAGGAGACAGAGAGCCAGUUGGACAAUGUAGAUCCCGUCCUCUCAAUCACGGAUUGGACCAAAACACUCAAGACUUGCGGCUUCUCAACCCAAGGAUUUUAUCGAUCAAGCAUCCGCGGGGCUUCGGAUCAACCCAGAGGCUUGUUGGUAUCAAAUGCCGUAGAAUUCGCCGAGGGAGUGAACGGCAUUUCAAGUUCACGACAGAGCUGCUACAUAGUAGCAGAUCAGGAGUCAACUUCACAACGGGAGAUAGCACUGGCCAUUGCGGCUGCAACGGAUAUUCCCGAAGAGAACAUCGUCGUGAUGGAGCAAUUACCGGCACUGGCGAGCGAGAAUACCUGUCUAAUUUUCCUGCCAGAAACUGAGCGACCGGUCUUCGAAAACACCAGCCUCGGAGAAUAUCAGGUCUUCCAAGAAGCAACAAAAUCUGCAACUUCGAUAAUCUGGGUCACUAAGGGCUGUAGUGAGAUCGUGACGCGUCCUGAAUUCGGUAUUAUCAACGGCCUGGGUAGAGUCAUCGGAUCGGAAAACUGGGACCUUAAAUUCGUCCAGCUGGCGUUGGAAGAGCACUCAUCUGUCCCUGAUUGUUCGCGGCAUAUCUGCUCCGUCCUUGAAAAGGUUAUGUCUGGAGAUGUAUUGUGUCCCGAUACUGAGUUCAGGGAAAUCGAUGGAAUGAUCCACAUUGGCAGGAUCAUUGAAACUCCUGAGCUUAAUGGAAUAUUGCAUAAGAAGCUGACACCAACGCCGGCCGUGAUGACUGAAUGGGAGGAUGCCCACCAGCCCUUAAAGUUGACAGUCGGAAUCACCGGCAACUUCGAGUCGCUUCAUUUCAGCGAUGACUGGAUGUACGACAAACCGCUUGGAGACAAGGAUGUGGAGAUUCAAGUUGCUGCGUCCAGCAUUUGUCCCAGAGACGUCAUGAUCGUGCUUGGCGAGCUUCCUGGCAACACUCUCGGUCUUGAGUGUUCCGGUAUCGUGAGCCGCGCAGGAAAUCUCUCCGGCUACCUUCCCGGGCAGAGGGUGUGCUGUUUCACUACCGACGGAGCCUUGGGUACCUUUGUCAGAUCCCAUUCGUCUGCCGUUCUUACAAUUCCAGAAUCCAUGUCAUUCGGAGAUGCCGCCAGUAUUCCCGUUGCUCUUUUUAGUGCCUUUUAUGGUCUGGUCACUCUCGGUCGGUUAGAAGCCGGGCAGUCCGUAUUGAUACAUUCGGGUGCUGGCAGAGUCGGUCAAUUUGCUAUACAGAUUGCGCAGCGCCUGAAAGCGAACAUAUUUACGACGGUGGGUAGCGAUGAUGAGAGAGAGUUACUAGUGAAGCAGUUUGGAAUUGACGCCCAUCAAAUCUUCUCGAAUCACGACACGUCGUUUGGCCCUAACUUGAGGCGAAUGAUAGGCGGACCUGACGUCGUGAUGAACUCUCUGAGCGGCGAAGGUUUCCGUGAAUCCUGGUCUUGCAUCGCUCCCAUGGGUCGUUUCAUUGCAUUGGGGAAUAUCGACCAGAUUUCGAGCGAUAGUAUCUCCACGGAACCCUUUGCUAGGAACGCCACUUUCGCGCCUCUCGACAUUGCUUCGAUAUACUCUCAAGACAAGCAUAUCAUGGCCCAAAACAUGACGAGAGCUAUUAACAUGUUUCAAGAUGGUGAAAUGUCUCUCCGAUGCGUCGAGCCUCUCCGUCGCUUCUCCGUAUCAGAAAUACAGGACGGCUUCAGAUAUGUUCGCGAAGGAAAACGUGACGGGGCCGCUGUCAUUGAAAUGAAGGGCAGCGCCAUUGUGCCGAUUGCGCCGACUAGGAGGUCCGCUUACCGAUUCGAUUCCAACGCCACGUAUGCCAUCGCCGGAGGUCUUGGUGGUUUAGGGAGGUGUAUCACGAGAUGGAUGGUUGGUCAAGGAGCUCGAAACUUCCUGAUGCUGUCUCGUUCAGGGGCCGCCUCUUCUGUUGCGCGUGAAUUCAUGGACGAGAUGAUGACUGAAGGAAUUAAUAUUCAAGCCCCAUUAUGCGAUAUCACAAAUGGCCAAAGAGUUCUCUCAGUUCUAGAGGAAUAUAAGCAACGUAUGCCUCCGAUCAAAGGAUGUAUCCAGGCUACUAUGAUUCUCAAGAGUAAUCUCUUUCCAAAUAUGACCCACGGCGACUUCGUCACAGGAUUGGCGCCCAAGGUACAAGGCUCGUGGAAUCUACAUCGAUAUCUUCCUUCCGAUCUUGACUUCUUCGUCCUUCUCUCUUCUAUUUCCGGUAUCGCGGGAAGUCGGUCCACAGCUAACUACGCUUCUGGCUCUACUUAUAAAGACGCACUUGCUCGAUAUCGUGUCAGCCUCGGCCAAAAAGCAGUUUCACUUGACCUUGGGUCAAUCAUGGGGGUCGGCGUGGUUGCUGAAGCUGAUUUGUUUGAUUUGAUGACACGCGAGGGUUUCCAGGGAGUCACAAAGACGGAACUCCUGGCGCUCAUAGAACUUGCCUGCGAUCCCGCGCAGCCCCUGGUUCACGGCAGGAUUGGGCAUUCGCAACUCGUCACGGGCCUAGGUUACGCGGAGACGCUGUCACCCCAGCGUCUUCAGGAGAUCUACUGGGCUCGAAAACCGAUGUUCUCCGUCCUGAGGCAGAUCAGCGCGUCCAAAAUGGCUGGUACUGGCAGCAAAACCCGAGACUCCGUUACAGUCGAUUAUACGGCCAUGAUAAAAGCUGCUAAAUCUGACACGGAUGCUAUCGGAAUUAUCCUUGAUGCUCUCGUCUCCAAAUUGUCGAGGCUUUUGUUUGUCGAACAAGACAACAUAGACCCGUCGUUGCCCAUCCACGCAUUUGGAAUAGAUUCAUUGGUUGGCACGGAGAUUAGAUACUGGUUCACCACAGAAUUUCAUGUCGAUAUGGCAAUUUUCGAAAUUCUAGACGCUAAGAGCCUGUAUCUGUUAGCUGGAGCCGCACUUGGGAAGCUUUCAAGGUAA